CGUUGGAAGAUGUCUGAGGUUUCCGGUCGUGCGGCGGGAAACGAAAUGCCGGCCAAGAAGCAGAAGCUGAGCAGCGACGAGAACAGUAACCCGGAGCUGUCCGGAGAUGAGAAUGACGACACAGUGAGCAUAGAGAGCGGCACGAACACCGAACGCCCGGAUACCCCGACAAAUACCGCAAAUGCCCCUGGAAGAAAGGGCUGGGGCAAAGGAAAAUGGAAAUCCAAAAAGUGCAAAUACUCGUUCAAAUGUGUAAACAGCCUCAAGGAGGACCACAACCAGCCGCUCUUUGGAGUCCAAUUUAACUGGCACAGUAAGGAGGGAGACCCACUGGUGUUCGCUACCGUCGGCAGUAACAGAGUCACUUUAUACGAAUGCCACUCGCAGGGAGAAAUCCGGCUGCUCCAGUCGUAUGUUGAUGCUGAUGCAGAUGAGAAUUUUUACACCUGUGCGUGGACGUACGACAGCAACACAAGUCACCCGCUCCUCGCUGUGGCCGGCUCCAGGGGAAUUAUUAGGAUAAUCAAUCCUAUAACAAUGCAGUGUAUUAAGCACUAUGUGGGUCAUGGGAACGCUAUCAACGAGCUCAAGUUUCACCCGAGGGACCCGAACCUCCUCUUAUCAGUGAGCAAAGAUCAUGCGCUGCGGCUGUGGAAUAUUCAGACAGACACUCUGGUUGCCAUAUUCGGGGGUGUAGAAGGUCACAGGGAUGAAGUUCUAAGUGCGGAUUAUGAUCUGUUGGGGGAGAAAAUAAUGUCAUGUGGCAUGGAUCAUUCCCUCAAACUGUGGAGGAUUAAUUCCAAGCGCAUGGAGACGGCCAUCAAAGAUUCCUACGAAUACAACCCCAAUAAAACAAACAGGCCGUUCAUUUCACAGAAAAUUCAUUUUCCGGACUUUUCCACGAGAGACAUACACAGGAAUUAUGUUGACUGCGUGCGGUGGCUGGGAGACUUGAUAUUGUCCAAGUCUUGUGAGAACGCCAUAGUGUGCUGGAAGCCGGGCAAAAUGGAAGACGACAUCGACAAGAUCAAACCCAGCGAGUCCAACGUAACCAUUCUCGGGAGGUUUGAUUACAGCCAGUGUGAUAUUUGGUAUAUGCGGUUUUCUAUGGACUUCUGGCAAAAGAUGCUCGCCUUAGGAAACCAAGUUGGAAAGCUCUAUGUUUGGGACCUUGAAGUAGAAGAUCCGCACAAGGCCAAGUGUACGACCCUAACGCAUCCCAAAUGCGCAGCUGCCAUCCGACAGACCAGCUUCAGCCGAGACAGCAGCGUUCUCAUAGCGGUGUGUGACGACUCCAGCAUCUGGCGCUGGGACAGGCUCCGGUGAGCCGUUUCCCUGCGCAGAAAAUCUCUCCUCUUUUUUUGUAAGAAAUGGGUGUAACGCGCCUUGGCGUUUUGCGGCCGGGGGCUUGUAGUCGGCCCGCCGGCCCGUAGCGGAGUCUAGUGAAGCUCGUCUUUUUCUCUGUACUGUGUUCUUGCUACAAUGCAGCUGCUUUUAAUAAAACUUUAUUUUUGUACAGCU